CUCCGACCGCGGAGGUGAGGGGAGCUGAGGCUGAGGAGAGGGGAGUUUGGGGGGCGCCUGCAGCCAAGGGCAGUAGAGGGGGAAAUGGCAGGUCCUAAUCAACUCUGCAUUCGCCGCUGGACUACCAAGCACGUAGCUGUGUGGCUGAAGGAUGAAGGCUUUUUUGAAUAUGUGGAUGUUUUAUGCAAUAAGCACCGACUUGAUGGAAUCACAUUGCUAACACUGACUGAAUAUGAUCUCCGGUCUCCUCCUCUGGAAAUCAAAGUCUUAGGGGACAUUAAAAGGUUAAUGCUCUCAGUCCGAAAAUUGCAAAAAGUACAUAUCGAUGUUUUAGAAGAGAUGGGCUACAACAGUGACAGUCCCAUGGGUUCCAUGACCCCUUUCAUCAGUUCUCUUCAGAGUGCAGACUGGCUUUGUAAUGGGGAGCUUUCACAUGACUGUGACGGACCCAUCACGGACUUGAACUCCGAUCAGUACCAGUACAUGAAUGGGAAAAACAAACAUUCUGUUCGAAGAUUGGACCCAGAAUACUGGAAGACCAUACUGAGUUGUAUAUAUGUUUUUAUAGUAUUUGGAUUUACAUCUUUCAUUAUGGUUAUAGUCCACGAGCGAGUGCCUGACAUGCAGACCUAUCCACCACUCCCAGAUAUAUUCUUAGACAGCGUUCCUAGAAUCCCAUGGGCCUUUGCCAUGACAGAAGUAUGUGGCAUGAUUCUUUGCUAUAUUUGGCUCCUGGUUCUUCUUCUUCACAAGCACAGGUCAAUACUCCUGCGAAGGCUCUGUAGUCUGAUGGGCACUGUAUUCUUGCUUCGCUGCUUUACCAUGUUUGUGACCUCCCUCUCCGUGCCAGGACAGCACCUGCAGUGUACUGGAAAGAUAUAUGGCAGUGUAUGGGAGAAAUUACGCCGGGCCUUUGCCAUUUGGAGUGGCUUUGGUAUGACCCUGACUGGCGUUCACACUUGUGGAGAUUACAUGUUCAGUGGCCACACAGUCGUCUUAACUAUGCUGAAUUUCUUUGUCACUGAAUGUAAGUAUCUCUUGAGUGCUUCUGUGCGUAUUCGAUAA